AUGGAUCGGUUCAGCGAGUGCGGGACGCAGACGGAUGCUGUGGUGGUGCUGUCCCUGGCCCAGGCUGCGGUCCUGGGCCUGGUGUCCGACAAUGAGCUGCUCGGGGCCACCGUCACCCCUGCUGGCUUCUUCCCGGGGCUGGCUGGGGAGCAGCUGGACAAUGCCUCCAUGGAGCCUGGGGAGCCUGAGGGUGAGGAGCAGGCGCCUGGGGAUGGGCAGGACGAGGAUGCCCUGGAAGCAGACUCUUCCCUGGAGAAGCAUGCCCGGAGGAGGAAGAGGCCACCUGUGAGGCUGAUGCCCAAGGUCAAGAGCGAGAAGGCAGAGGUGGAGGCCGAGCCACCAUACAGCAUGCUGGUCCCUGGGGACGAGGAGGGCGAGGAGCAGCCCAGCCACGCGCCCCAGCCCCCCCAGCCCAGCCAGGAGCCGGCGGGGCAGAGCGGUGCUGUAAAGAUGAUCGACCUGGGCACCUUCAGCAGGAAGCCCCGACGCCUGCGGCACCUGCGCCGGCAUCGGGAGCUGGAGGGCACCGAGCGCCGGCGAAGGGGCAGCGACGUGGCCAGCGGCACUGUGGGGGCCCCACAAUCUGUGGGCACCUUCGAGGCAGGUGCCCCAUCCCCUGGUGAGGUGGAGGCCCCAGCGCCAGCGUCCCCCGAGCAGGUGAAGACCGAGCAGGGCUGUGGAUGGCAGGAGCCGGGGGAACUGGAGGUGGCCGGCGGCACCAGCGAGCACAGCAGGAAGGCGCAGCUGGACCGGCUGGACAUCAACGUGCAGAUCGAUGACUCCUACCUGGUGGAGGCGGGCGACCGCCAGAAGCGCUGGCAGUGCCGCAUGUGUGAGAAGUCCUACACCUCCAAGUACAACCUGGUGACCCACAUCCUGGGCCACAACGGCAUCAAGCCCCACUCCUGCCCGCACUGCAACAAGCUGUUCAAGCAGCCCAGCCACCUGCAGACCCACCUGCUGACCCACCAGGGCACGCGGCCCCACAAGUGCGGGGUGUGCAGCAAAGCCUUCACUCAGACCAGCCACCUGAAGCGGCACAUGCUGCUGCACACCGACAUCAAGCCCUACAGCUGCCGCUUCUGCGGCCGCGGCUUCGCCUACCCCAGCGAGCUGAAGGCGCACGAGGUGAAGCAUGAGAGCGGGCGCUGCCACGUGUGCGUGGAGUGCGGGCUGGACUUCUCCACACUCACCCAGCUGAAGCGGCACCUGGCCACGCACCAGGGCCCCACGCUCUACCAGUGCCUGGAGUGCAGCAAGUCCUUCCACUACCGCAGCCAGCUGCAGAACCACAUGCUGAAGCACCAGAACGUCCGGCCCUUCGUCUGCACUGAGUGUGGGAUGGAGUUCAGCCAGAUCCACCACCUCAAGCAGCACUCGCUCACGCACAAGGGCGUGAAGGAGUUCAAGUGUGAGGUGUGCGGGCGGGAGUUCACCCUCCAGGCCAACAUGAAGAGGCACAUGCUGAUCCACACCAGCGUCCGGCCCUACCAGUGCCACAUCUGCUUCAAGACCUUCGUGCAGAAGCAGACGCUCAAGACCCACAUGAUCGUGCACUCGCCUGUGAAGCCGUUCAAGUGCAAGGUUUGUGGGAAAUCCUUCAACCGCAUGUACAACCUGCUGGGGCACAUGCACCUUCACGCCGGCAGCAAGCCCUUCAAGUGUCCCUACUGCUCCAGCAAGUUCAACCUGAAGGGCAACCUCAGCCGGCACAUGAAGGUCAAGCACGGGGUGAUGGACAUCAGCCUGGACAGCCAAGAUGCCAUGAUGGAGCUGGCUGGGGCUGAUCACACUGAGCUGGACGGCCAGCCUGAGAUGGAUGACUUCGAGGAGGAGAACUCUUACGGCUACGGGGCUGUGGGCAACCCCCCAGACGAGCUGGCCGAGCAGGCCAUGAAGGAGAUGGCCUACUACAACAUGUUGUAG